AUGGAGAGAAGGAUCCACCUGGAGCUGAGGAACCGGACGCCGGCGGCUGUUCGAGAACUUGUCCUGGACAACUGCAAGUCAAAUGAUGGAAAAAUUGAGGGCUUAACAGCUGAAUUUGUGAACUUAGAGUUCCUCAGUUUAAUAAACGUAGGCUUGAUUUCAGUCUCAAAUCUCCCCAAACUACCAAAAUUGAAAAAGCUUGAGCUCAGUGACAAUAGAAUCUUUGGAGGUCUGGACAUGUUAGCGGAAAAGCUUCCAAACCUCACACAUCUAAACUUAAGUGGAAAUAAACUGAAAGAUAUCAGCACCUUGGAGCCUCUGAAAAAAUUGGAGUGUCUGAAAAGUCUGGACCUGUUUAACUGUGAGGUCACCAACUUGAAUGAUUACCGAGAGAGCGUCUUCAAGCUCCUGCCCCAGCUGACCUACCUGGACGGCUAUGACCGAGAGGACCGAGAAGCCCCUGAUUCAGAUGCUGAGGUGGACGGUGUGGACGAAGACGAGGAAGAUGAAGAAGGAGAGGAGGAGGAGGAGGAAGAGGAGGAUGGUGAGGAGGAAGACUUUGAUGAAGAAGAGGAUGAAGAUGAAGACGAAGACGUAGAGGGGGAAGAAGAUGAAGAUGAAGUCAGUGGUGAGGAAGAGGAAUUUGGCCAUGAUGGGGAAGUUGAUGAAGAUGAAGAGGAUGAGGAUGAGGAUGAAGAUGAAGAAGAAAAGGAAGAAGAGAGCGGGAAAGGCGAGAAGAGGAAGCGGGACACAGACGAUGAAGGAGAAGAUGAUUAG